CUGCCUGCAACUGACUUCCCCAGGGAGAGCCAAGGAGCCACGCUGAAGCACAGGACUGCACUUUGCAACGGAUGCUAAAAGGACACUGGAUUAUUAAUUACAGGAUCUGGUAGCAAAGACCUACAGCAAACACUGACACUGCCUAGGAAGUGUCUGUGUGGUGAGCCGAUCUUCAGAGUACCUGGCCGCGACUCACUGCGCAGGCGCCAACUCAAUACAUGCAGUGUUUUGGUAUAUGGAGUUUUAAUGGUAUUAUUGAGCCUGAACCGUCUGAGCACAUAAGGAUGGAACAGAAAUAUGCCUUUUCUUGCCUUUUAUUCCUGCUCCUCAUGGAUGGCUGCAGAUUAGAACAUAUUAAGAAUUCAGAGACAUACUGUGUCUUCCAAGACAGAAAAUAUCGAAUUGGCGAGAGAUGGCACCCUUACCUGGAACCAUAUGGACUUGUGUAUUGUGUUAACUGUCUGUGCCGUGAGGGAGGAAAUGUAUUGUGCAGUAGAGUGAGAUGCCCAAGUCUGCACUGUGGUAAUCCAGUCUAUACUCCACAACUAUGCUGCCCGCGAUGUCCAGGGGAUGGCAUGUUGUCCUGGGAUCACCAUGAAACAGAGACAUUUCGACAGCCAGCAAACAGAGAGGCACGGCAUUCAUAUCAGAGAUCUUAUGAGCAUUCAUCUGGCUCAAGUGCUUUGAGACAUGCAUUGAGCCCCCCUAAACACCCUAGUACAAGAAGUAACCGUGGAGUUGUCGCUGACCCUCAACAAGCUUCAGGAACUAUUGUACAGAUUGUCAUAAACAACAGCCACAAGCACGGGAAAGUGUGCGUCUCAAAUGGGAAAACAUACUCCCACGGAGAGUCUUGGCACCCUACCUUGCGAGCCUUUGGAGUGGUGGAAUGUGUGCUGUGUACGUGCAACUUCACGAAACAAGAAUGCAAGAAAAUAAGCUGCCCGGAGGAAUACACAUGUAAAUAUCCUCAGAAAAUAGAUGGGAAGUGCUGUAAAGUAUGCCCAAAGGAAAUCCCAGAGCCGCAGUCAGGUGACAAAGAUUAUCUAUGUGAGGAGACCAUCCCUGUCUUUGAGUCUGUAUUGCUAGAGGAAGGCGAAAUGGUCAGGAAAAUAGCAGUGGUGACAGAAGAGCCUCCAGUAGCAGAAAUUCACGUAUGGAUAAUCCAGAAAGGUGUUCUGCACCAGUUUCACACAGAAAAAAUGUCUAAGGAAGAAUUUGAAGAUCAGCAGGAAUUUAAACAGAUAACACGGACAACUGCAAGCCAGUGGAAAAUCUUCAGCGAGGGUGAAGCUCAGAUCAGCCACAUGUGUGAAACUCGAAUUUGCCGGACAGAACUGGAAGACUUGGUGAAGGUUCUGUACCUGGACAAGACUGAAAAGGGUCAUUGUUGAAAGCAAAAACAUUGAACGGGAAGAGAAAACCAGAGACCGCCUAAAGACAUUGGAUUCGUAGCCGGACUGCAAGCUGAUUCUGCUUAAGUCAACAUUGUCGCCAAACCCAGAAUGUAGGGACUAUUAAGAAUGGUGUGUUGAAGAAAAGUAACUGGCAGAUCCAAGUGUGUAGGAGUCUGUGAGCAGUUAAAUGCUUCCUCUUAUGCCUUAGAGGGUUGGCA